CCCAAACGCUCCCGAGAAAGAAAAAAAAAACGACCCAAGUUCCCAAGCGCCGCAGCCGAUCCACUCCACUAGCCGUUGUUGCCUCUGCCGCCGCCACCGCCGCCGCAGUUAAGGAGGCGAGGGAGACCAGGAGCCCCGGUGGGGGGAGAGGAGAUGGCGUCGAGGACGGCAUCCAAGGACAUCAUCACGCUGCGGGGCUCCGCCGCCAUCGUCAGCGAGUUCUUCGGCUACGCGGCGAACAGCAUCCUGUACAACCGCGGGGUGUACCCGGAGGAGAGCUUCACCAAGGUGAAGAAGUACGGCCUCACCAUGCUGCUCACGCAGGACGAAGGGGUCAAGACCUUCAUCGCCAACCUCAACACCCAGCUCUCAGAGUGGCUGGAGGCCGGGAAGCUGCAGAGGAUCGUGCUGGUCAUCAUGAGCAAGGCCACCUCCGAGGUGCUGGAGCGCUGGAACUUCAGCAUCCAGACCGACCCGGAGGUCGUCGACAAGGGCGUGAUCAAGGAGAAGAGCGACAAGGAGAUCAUGCGGGAGAUCCAGGCCAUCAUGCGCCAGGUCGCCUCCUGCAUCACCUACCUCCCCUGCCUCGACGAGCCAUGCAUUUUCGACGUGCUGGCGUACACCGACACGGACGUCGCCGUGCCCUUCACCUGGGUGGAGAGCGACGCCAAGCUCAUCGACAACCCGCAGAUGGUGAAGCUGCAUUCUUUCGAUACCAAGAUUCACAAGGUGGACACGCUCGUCUCCUACAAGGUCGACGAGUGGGACGAGGAGUAGUAGUAGAGAGGAGCGGAGCUGCCACGAGGCGAGG